UGGAGCACUGGGAGGAGAGGGGGUUUGGUGUGGAAGCAGCAGAAAUGGCCAGCAAAGUGUCAGAUCUGUUAUACUGGCGAGAUGUGGGGACCACCGGGCUGGUGUUUACAGGUUUGGUUGUGGGUUUGGCUUGUUUAUUCCAGCUCAGUGCCAUCACGAUCCUGUCCAACCUCGGUUUAGGCUUCAUGGCCUUCACUUUCCCUGUAUGCCUUCUCUACAAAGCCAUGACGCUUGUCCGCCUCAGUGAUGGAUCUCAUCCUUUUCAGUCAUAUUUGGAUGAGGACCGUACACUGACAGAUGAGGACACAGUUCGCAUAGCGGAACAAAUCGUUCUGCUGAUUGCUACGGCUGUCACCGAGUUGAAGAGGCUGUUCUUCAUCGAUAGCAUCAUGGACUCAGUGAAGUUUGUUGUGUUCCUGUAUUUGUUGAGCUAUGUGGGGGUCCAAGCCAAUGGUCUCACGCUGUUGAUGAGCGUUGUGAUAUGUGCCUUCUCUCUGCCACUGUUUUACAGACUUCAGCAGGAAAGGAUCGACAAGAUUGCCAAAGCAAUCAAAAAACUUGUAGAAAAAGCCACCGAAAUAGUUGAUCUUCUGAUUUCACUGGCCAAACCUCCACCAGCCCCAGCCCCAUCCCCUUCCCCUGCCCCCACAGCAAAACAUAAACAGAAGACUAAAUGAAGGGGAGUGUGUGUGUGUGAGAGAGAGAUGGGGGUGAGGAGCAGAAAUGUGGAGUACAUUGAA